AUGCCUACUUCGACGACCAGCCUUUCGGCAUCCACCACCACGGCAUCAGCCACUUCAACAUGCACAACCAUGACAGCUGGUAAAAAUGGUUAUUUACCUCCAGACGCAUGCAAUGUGAUCCUUUACUAUGUGCCGUCUUUGGCUGCCGCAAUUGUUUUCUGUCUUUUGUUCGGAAUGACAUUGAUGGCUCAUGUUAUGCAAGCGAUUAUUCACAAAAAGAGAUAUGCAAUGGUUAUCAUCAUGGGUUGUUUGUGGGAGGUCACUGCAUUUGUUUUCCGCUCAAUUCAAACUCACAAUCAAUCUUCCAAUCUCAUCAACACUCUCUACACGAUCUUUUUCUUAUUGGCCCCAAUCUGGAUCAACGCUUUCCUCUACAUGACCCUCGGGCGCAUGAUCAACUUCUACAUGCCCAAUCAGAAGCUUCGUGGCAUCUCAGCACGCCGCUUUGGAAUGAUUUUCGUUUGUCUUGACAUCUUUGCUUUCCUCGUGCAGAUGGUCGGUGCCGCGUUCACCACAUCCACAAACGCGAAGAAAGAUGUGAUUCUGUUCGGAAUCCACAUUUACAUGGGUGGAAUUGGACUCCAGGAGUUCUUCAUCAUUGGUUUUACCUUCAUGACCAUCCAACUUCACCUUACCAUGGUCGCAAUGGAGCGCAUGGGACAUGCCUCGGAGAAAAUGACCAAUGGCUCAUUCCCAUGGCGAUGGCUCUUUUACACCAUUUACUUUGCCUUGACUAUGAUCACAAUCCGCAUUGUUUUCCGCCUGGUUCAAUACGCUCAAGGUUACUCUACCACGAACCCGAUUCUGCUUCACGAAGUAUACGAGUAUGUUUUCGAUGCCUCGCCAAUGUUCUUGGCUCUUUUUGCUGUCAAUUGCUUUCACCCCGGUCGCGUGCUCCAGGGGGAGGGCUCGAAAUUUAAGAAAAUCAGCCGUGCGGAGAAGAAGCAGCAGAAGGCUCUUGCAAAGUUGCAAGAGGAUGAACAACGGCAUAAAGAACAAGCUAUGCGAAGCGUUGACGAAUUCGAAAUGGCACCUGCUCCUCACUAUGUUUAG